AUGACAGUCUACAUGUUUGACGAAGUCAGUUCUUAAAACCUGUUGUCAAUUUAUUGACAAAUUUAAUAUUUUCCUUUUGUGUAUUUAUAAAAAAAAGCGCAGAUAUACAUUUAUUAUAUUUAGAAGACCCACACAGUUAGCUCUAAGAAGAAUAAAUAAAUCUAGAAUAAGACAUGUCUGAGGCUAUUCCCCAAGUUGAAUCACCCUUUGGAUUCAUCUUGACAGAGAAACAGGAAGAACUGUUAACCGGAUACAAAGUAGACCAAAUUCGAGAAAAUUAUAGGUAUCUAACGAAACAUCCAGAAAUAAAGAAGUUCAUCAACUUGUUGCUGAAGGCGGUGUUGUUCGAGCAGCCACAUAAAGUGCGACAAUUUCUGUACGACUAUAUUCAGGACAAUUUCAAUGAAAUAAAGAGUAUAUUGGAACCCGAAAUUAUGUCGGUAGAGACCGGAGAUCCGCGACAAUCUAUGAUGAUGAUCAACAAAUGGAGAAAUAAAUAUAAAUAUAAGCACAGUUUCAAAGUUCCUAAUUGUUUAAGCGUAGAAAAUAGUCAAAAGUCAGUAUCCACCGCAAGCAACAUACCCACAAUAUCGAAAAUCAUCGGAGAUUUCGGUUUCUACGAAAAUCUUUUGAAAAACUUGCCGGAAGAGAAAUUAAUUAAAAUGAAAAUCAAAUCGAAGAGGAACAGAAGUGAUCAAACGAGACCCAGAUUUUUAUCGGAUCCGAAAAGCAUAAUCGAUACCAUCAAACCGGUGUGCCCCUUACCUCAAGAGACAAUCACAUAUACGACUAAACAAUCCCAACGCGAACUGAGUAUGUUCAGUCAGAAUACUGAUGGACGAACCCCGUCUGAGCUGUGUUUCAGUCGAAUUUCGGGUAUAGCGGUGAAAAAGAAUAUUCCUGAUUUUGGUUUCUACGGUGAUCAGAUAAAGCGUAAGGCCGAAGAGAAAAGGUUACAGGACGAAUAUUGUAUGCUCCAGAGAUCCACGCGAGAAACUUUCUAAUAAGUAUCAGUUUUCUUCAUUACAUACAAUCGAUUUACAAUAAUCCAAGCAACUUUGAACGCA